CCACGUCGAAGUCGAGAAAUCUUGAGGGCUGGACUUGUAUACCUGCGAUGCUCUGCGAUACCCUGCGAUGCUCUGCGAUGCCCUGCGUGCCCCUGCGAUGCCCUGCGUGCAUUACCUGUAUUCCUAUCGAGACGCGCGACCGGCAUGCAGUAAGAGUCAGCAAGCGCUCAGAGGAGCAUGCAGUGAAGCACUUACUCGGCAUCGAUACCAGCGCAAAAGUCGAAAGCCAAGCAUGAACAUCCUGAGC